AUGGCCGUGAUUGACCAAGACACCUUCUCGAACGUCUCGUGGCAGAGCGAUCAUGGAGAGCCCAUCCCAGGCUCCAGCUCCAGACCGGAUGACGCCGCGGAUAAUUUGAAUAACGGCAUGGCGGCGGAGAACAAUCUUGACCGAGACGAGCUUGGCGGUAAUGCACUGGGUUUGGAGAAGCUCGAAUGUACCGUAUCAUCGCCCAUCAAAGAAAACGAUGGGACGAAGGAUGCAUUUGUAUCCUACUUGAUAACUACGCGAUCGACAUUCCCCUCAUUCCAGAAACCAGUGACGACCGUCCGCCGUCGCUUUACGGAUUUCGUUUUCUUGUACAAAUCUCUCAGCAAGGAUUUCGUCGCCUGCGCUGUGCCUCCGAUUCCCGACAAACAGCGAAUGGAGUAUGUCCGCGGCGAUCGCUUCGGUCCCGAUUUUACCGCCCGCCGAGCCCAUAGCCUUCAGCGCUUCUUGACGAGGCUAGCCUCCCAUCCUGUUCUCCGCCGCUCUUCCAUUCUCCACAGAUUCCUCGAAAGUCCAGAGUGGAAUGCAACGAUGCGCUCGCGUACCACCCGAGCUUCGACAUCAUCCGAGCACGGCGCGGGCGGUGUCUUCGACAACUUUGCCGAUACCUUCAUCAACGCUUUUACCAAAGUGCACAAGCCGGAUAAGAGAUUCAUUGAGGUCAAGGAGAAGAGCGAUAAGUUGGACGAGGAUCUCUCGCACGUCGAAAAGGUCAUGGCCCGGGUGAUCCGCCGCGAGGCAGACCUCGAGACAGACCUCAAAGAUCUCGCCGAGCAGUUCCAGAAGCUUAUCAACCUCGAGCCUGGAGUGGAGGAUCCCCUGCGAGCCUUUUCCAACUCGGUAGAGGACACCUCUGCGGGACUCAAAAAGCUCAAGGACCUCACAGAUCAAGAUUACCUUGGCAGUCUCAGGGACAUGCAGGCUUACAGCCAAGCUCUCAAGAACCUCCUUAAGGCGCGCGAGCAGAAGCAGCUCGAUUUCGAACAGCUAACGGAAUACCUCAAUAAGAGCACCGUCGAGAGGGACGCCCUGCAAUCUGGCAGUCACUACUACGGCGCGACGGGCGGCAUCACCGCCGGAGCCAGCGGCUUCAUCCGGUCCAAGAUCGAGGACGUGCGCGGCGUCGACCACGAGCAAGCCAGGCGAGAGCGCCAGCGUAAGCUCGAGCUUAGGAUCGAGGAACUUACUCAGGAGGUUAAGGAGGCUAAGAAUAUGAGUGAGAUGUUUGAUGAGGAGGUUGUGCGAGAGGUGACUGACUUUGAACGCAUUAAGAGGUGUGAGCUGAGGAAAGAGUUUGGAGCUCUGGCUGACGCUCAUGUGGAGUUUUAUGGGGAGUGUAUUGAUGUAUGGGAAAAGUAUAUCCGUGAUAUGGAAAAGGAGGGCGGUGUGCUUCCACCCUGA